AUGGACCCAGGAAAGCCCACUGAGCUGCCCGAGCGGCCCAAGGAGGCCUCGGAGACCAUCUCCAAAAGCAAACUGAAGAAGGAGCAGAAAGAGAGGGAAAAGGCAGCGAGGAAAGCGAACCCCAAACCCAAGGAGAGCCAACCCAAGCCCAAAAAGGCGGCCAACGAGCCCGUUGCACCUCGCGACCCGGAUGCCAUGUUCAAGAUAGGCUUUUUGUCCGAUGUCUACCAGGAGAAGCCCCUGUCGGAGACCGUCACCAAGAUUCGCACCCGGUUCCCGCCUGAGCCCAACGGAUUCCUCCACAUCGGCCACAGUAAGGCCAUCGCGAUCAACUUCGGCUUCGCGAAACACCACGGUGGCGAGUGUAUCUUACGCUUUGACGAUACCAACCCGGAAGGCGAGGACGAGCGAUUCUACAACGCCAUCCGCGACAUCGUGACCUGGCUGGGCUUCACGCCCGUGCGGGAGACAUGCGCCAGCGAUAACUUCGACCGGCUCUACGAGCUCGCGGAGGAUCUGAUCAAGCGCGACGGAGCCUACGUGUGCCAUUGCACCAAGGCUGAGAUCAAAGCUCAGCGCGGCGAGGGCGCGGACGGCCAGCGAGGCGGGGAGCGCUACGCAUGUAGCCACCGCUCGCGGCCGGUCGACGAGUCUCUCGCGGAGUUUCGGGCGAUGCGGGAUGGAAAAUACAAGGCGGGUGAGGCGGCACUGCGCAUGAAGCAGGAUCUUGAGGAUCCGAACCCACAGAUGUGGGAUCUGUUCGCGUGGCGCAUCAUGGACAGCGAGGAGAAGCAGCACCACCGGACAGGAGGGAAAUGGAAGGUUUACCCGACCUACGACUUCGCGCACUGUCUGUGCGAUAGCAUUGAAGAGAUCUCGCACUCGCUGUGCACGACGGAGUUCGAGCUCUCCCGUGUCUCGUACGAGUGGCUCUGCGACAAGCUGGAGGUGUACCGACCGAUGCAGCGCGAGUAUGGUCGACUCAACAUUACGGGCACCGUGCUCUCCAAGCGCAAGAUUCUUCAGCUCGUCAAGGAGGGUCAUGUUCGCGACUGGGAUGAUCCCCGCUUGUAUACGCUCAUCGCACUCCGCCGUCGCGGUGUGCCCCCGGGCGCAAUCCUGGCGUUUGUCAAUGACCUCGGUGUCACCAAGGCCGUGACCAACGUCCAAGUGGCCAAGUUCGACCAGGUCGUGCGCCAGUACCUGGAGACCACCGUGCCACGGCUCAUGGUCGUCCUGGAACCCCUCAAGGUGGUCAUCGACGGCCUGGCCGACGACCACGUCGAGUUGGUGGACGUUCCCUUCUCUAAGGAGCCCUCCUUUGGCACACACAACGUCCCCUUCACAAAGACGAUCUAUAUCGAACGCUCCGACUUCCGCGAGGUCGACUCACCCGACUACUUCCGUCUCGCGCCCGGGAAAACCGUCGGUCUAUUGCGAGUGCCUUACCCUAUCACCGCAACCUCCUUCGACAAGGACCCUACCACGGGUACCGUCACCUGCGUAUACGCCAAAUACGAGAAACCCGAAGAAGGCGCUGCGCCCAAGAAGGGCAAAUCCUUCAUCCACUGGGUCGGCGAGUCCCCCGCGCAUAACAGCCCGCUGCGCGCCGAGAUCCGCACCUUCAACCGACUCUUCAAGUCCGAGGAUCCUUCUGCGCACCCAGACGGCUUCCUGGCUGAUAUCAACCCGGGCUCCGAGCAGAUCUACAAGGAUGCCUGCAUCGAGAUUGGGUUCCGGGAUAUCUCUGCCUCGGCGCCUUGGCCGAAGGAGGAGAAGAAUGCCGGGACCGUUGAUCUGGGACUGAACCAGCACUCGAUCCGCUUUCAGGGUAUGCGCGUUGCGUACUUUGCGGUUGAUCGCGAGUCGACGCCCGAUAAUAUUGUCUUGAAUCAGAUUGUCUCGCUUAAGGAUACCCAGGGCAAGACCUGA